CACCUUAAGCUUAAUCUCAUCAUCCCCACGAAUCAUGCACCAAACCUCCAGAGAAGCUCAGUGAGAGUCACAGAUCGAUCGAUGUCGAUCCGCCGGUGGUUGCCGUGGCUGGUCUUGUUGCCGGCGCUGCUGCGGCGAGGCGGUGUGGCUGCGGCGGCGGGGAAGGUGCCGGCGGUGAUCGUGUUCGGCGACUCGUCGGUGGACACGGGCAACAACAACUUCAUCCCGACGAUCGCGCGGAGCAACUUCUGGCCGUACGGGCGCGACUACGCCGACGGCCAGCCCACCGGCCGCUUCUCGAAUGGCCGCCUCGCCACCGACUUCAUCUCCGAGGCCUUCGGCCUCCCGCCCUGCAUCCCGGCCUACCUCGACGCCAACCUCACCAUCGACCAGCUCUCCUCCGGCGUCUCCUUCGCCUCCGCCGCCACCGGCCUCGACAACGCCACCGCGGGCGUCCUAUCGGUGAUCACGAUCGGCGAGCAGCUGCAGUACUUCAGGGAGUACAAGGAGAGGCUGAAGAUGGCGAAGGGGGAGAGGAAAGCCGGCGAGAUCAUCGGCGAGGCGCUCUACAUCUGGAGCAUCGGCACCAACGACUUCAUCGAGAACUACUACAACCUGCCGGAGCGGCGGCUUCAGUACACGGUGGCGCAGUACGAGGCGUACCUGCUGGACCUCGCCGAGGCCGCCAUCCGCGACGUGCACUCCCUCGGCGGCCGGAAGAUGGACUUCACCGGGCUGACACCGAUGGGCUGCCUCCCCGCCGAGCGCAUCGGCAACCGCGACGACCCCGGCGAGUGCAACGAGGACUACAACGCCGUCGCCCGCAGCUUCAACGGCAAGCUGCAGGGCCUCGCCGUCAGGCUCAACAAGGAGCUCCCCGGCUUGCAGCUCGUCUACGCCGACACCUACAACAUCCUCACCGCCAUCGUCAACAGGCCAUCCGACUACGGUUUUGAAAAUGCAGUGCAAGGUUGCUGUGGGACAGGGCUCUUCGAGGCCGGUUACUUUUGCAGCAUGAGCACCUCACUCUUAUGUCAAAACGCCAACAAAUACGUCUUCUUUGAUGCAAUCCAUCCCACGGAGAAAAUGUACAAGAUCAUUGCCGACACUGUCAUGAACACCACACUUAAUGUGUUCCUUUAAAGUUUCUUAUUUAAUCUUGUGAAUUGAUCGAUCAGUCAUACAUAUACAUAUAUAAUACGGCCUGUGAAAUUACUCUCCCUCUAUGUGUGUAUAUAUAUACGGAUGCGCUAAAGCAUGUCCUUCGCACGUCUUUAAUAGAGUGUGUCUCACAAGUGUUCUCCCCAGUUAUGUUGUUCCCACCAUCUCAAUCCCAUGUGUUUU